AACAUACAGGAUAAGGUUUCUUUGUUCAUAUAUAUAUAAUCUCCUUCUCCAAAGUUUCUAAGAAUAAAUAUAAUGAUACUAAUGAUAGAAGAGUUAUAUACAUGUUCUGCAGUAAGGCAAGGUUUUUUGGCAUCUGGUUUUCCUAGCUAGCUGCAAAUAGAAACUACCCUUUUUUGCAGGAAAUAGAAGAAAAUCAAUGGACAUAUUUGACACAUUCCCACAAGUUAGCAUGUGGGGUGACAACUUUAAGGUUGAUGGUGGCCUCAUAAAUUCAAUCACUUCUCCAAUGUUGUUGGUGAGCACUAGCACCAUGGCCAUGGAUAACAAGCCUGAAUAUGUUCCACAUGAAUUGAGGGAACAAUCUAGACAAAAUCAAGAGGCUACCAAUAAAGAUGUUAGUAAGGCUUAUGUUCAACAAUUAGAAACAAGCCGUUUGAAGCUCAUGCAAUUGGAGGAGGAGAUUGUUAAAGCUAAAAAGCAGAGUAUGUAUAUUGGAAACAAUCCAUUGGAUGCUAGUUAUAUGGGAUCUUCUGGAUCAUUAAACUCAGCAGGGAUUGUUUUGUUUGAAAUUGAAUAUGGAAAUUGGAUUGAAGAGCAACACAAACUGAAUGAAGAACUCAGAAAUGCAUUCCAAACUCAAGCACCUGAUGAACAACUUAAUCAACUUAUUCAGACUCUGUUGAAUCAUUACUCAAAUCUUUUCAAGAUGAAAUCAGAUGCUGCAAAGGCUGAUAUAUUCUACCUAAUCAGUGGUGUCUGGAAAUCAUCCGCGGAGCGCCUUUUCCUUUGGAUUGGAGGAUCUCGCCCUUCGCAGCUUCUAAGUAUCAUUGUGCCACAGCUUGAACCUUUAACUGAACAACAAACUGCUAGCAUUAGCAGACUCCGGCUAUCGUCGCAACAAGCUGAAGAUGCUCUCUCACAAGGACUAGAUAAACUCCAGCAGAGUCUUGUCCACAACAUUGCAGUUGAUCCAUUGGUAGCAGGAAACUUUGGGUUUCAGAUGGCUGAUUCCAUUGAGAAAAUUGAGGGACUUGAAGGCUUCCUUAACCAGGCAGAUCAUCUUAGGCAACAGACAUUGAUACACAUGUCAAGGAUCCUAACAACACAUCAAGCUGCUCAAGGAUUGCUGGCUUUGGGGCAAUACUUGCAAAGACUUCGUUCUCUCAGUUCUCUUUGGGCUUCUCGUCCAUCUCAACCUCUCUAGAUGCUUCUCAUUUCAUUGCAUAGCAAUGAUUCAAGUUGUGCAAGUCCUUUCCAUAUCUUUCUAUCUAUCAUUGUCUUUGGAUCAAUCUAUAGAGUGACACACUGACACUGAUAGAUAAAAGAGAACAAUAUCUAUGUAGUGUGUACCAUGAUGCCUACUUAUCUAUUAUCUUGGUCUAGAGAGUUUGCUUGUACAUAUCAUCUUUAAUAUUAUAUUAUAAAAUAAUAAUAUUUA